AUGGAGCCUGCAGUGGAGCCCGCCCCUCCAUCAUUUGAAUAUGGAUAUGUGCCAGAAGUUGGAAACAAUAGCAACACGAGCUCCACAGGACAUCUGCCACAAGACUACAGAUUUGCUCUUUUGGUCAUAUAUGCAUUAAUAUUGCUGGGUGGGACUUUAAAUGUUGUAAUUAUGUCCUGUAUGUUACAGUCCCGAAGACGGCUCUCUUUCACCAAUGUGUCAGUGAUCAACCUUAUACUUGUGCACUCUUUAUUUCUUCUCACGGUGCCGUUUCGUAUUUUCUACUAUGCUUCCAAUACCUGGAGCCUGGGCCUACAUUUCUGCAAAAUUGUCAGUGUUAUGAUCCAUGCUCAUAUGUAUCUUGCAUUUAUCUUUUAUGUCUUACUUCUCAUUGUGCGUUACAUAGAGCACUCGCGUUCGAAGCGCCUACUAGAUUUCCACCGCGUUUUUCACGCCACAGUCGCGAGCGCAGUUGUCUGGCUUGUCAUUUUUGGCUCUAUGUUCCCCCCAACUAUGCUUAAGUAUGGACUAUCUGCCAGCGAUUCAACUCAGUGUUUUCAUUUUGGUGAGGCUCUUAAAGAUUCUGCUGUGAAGAUCUUAAACUAUCUUAUCUGCACAACAGUUUUGCUUGUCUGGACUGUGCUGCUGUUUUUUCAGAUUUAUUUUCUGCUCUAUGUGGGUAAGAAAUAUGGCACACGUGACCGUCAAGAAUUUUGGGUAGAACUGAAAAAUGCUGUUUUUCUGAUGGUAAUGUUCUUUUGUUUCGUGCCCUACCAAGUUUUUAGGAUUUAUUAUGUUAGUAAAGACGUGAGUUCUGAUUCUGAAAUUCAGAAUAAAAAUGAAAUAUUUCUUGCUUUCACUGCUUUCAGCUGCUUUGAUAUGAUUGUUUUCGCUGGAAGGGAUUUAUAUAAAAAUAUUAUGUCAAAGGGAUGCAUGCAUUAAAUGUCUACUCUGACGUGUGAAUUUCUAUAACCUGAUUAAAAUUAAGUUUAUUA